GGCACUAGGUUGAGAUCUAUAACUGACCAGUUAAAUAGUUCAAAUGCCAAUCUCGUUCUCCAUUUGAUUUAUGGUGUUCCAGAGAACAACCUCGUCCCCAGAGUUUUUUGCCUUUUUGACAUAGGCGGGCGACGAAAUUACUCUUGGUUGCCGUCAAGUAAGUGUUAGGGGCUUUGACAUAGGCAACAAGCCCUGGGGACGAGGAUGCCCAGAAAGCUCUUCAAGUCCAGUAAAUAUUAUGUAUUAAAAUUUUUAAAAUUUUAUAAGUAAGCGCCUCUCUCUCUCUUCCCGCUUUUUAAAAAAUUGAAAUUUUAAUAAACCAACGCCCCGGGCGCUGAUUUACCGUCACGUAAAUAUCAAACUUGCUAUGCCGGGCGCGAAAGUUAGAAUUUGGUAGCCAUACUGUUCUGAUGUAAACAAAACGACAAUGAAAUGGCACGAAAUAGUUUUUAAAAUCAAAUCACUUUUUUUAAUUGUUACAAAGUUUUUUGAGACUGUUCAGUACAUACAGAAAGACAACUAACUUCAUAAGAUGGAAGAUGAUGAUGAAUUAACUGAAGAACUAGUAUUUGCCACAGCAGCUCAAGAUAUAAGGAGAGUUGAUCAGUUAAUGGAGUGUGGUAUCAGUCCUUGCAGACCUACUAGAGAUGGCACCUGUCCACUUCAUACAGCUGUUGUUCUUGAGUCACCAACUGGUCCUGAAAUUGUAUCAAGAAUGUUAAACUAUGGUGCAGAUCCGAACGUGAAAACAGAUACGGGCUUAUCACCACUGCACAUUGCUGCAAUGUGGGGAAGAGUAGAUACAAUAAACUUGCUCUUAGAUAAUGGUGCGAAUGUUGCAGAUAAGGAUGAAGAUGACAUGAGCGCACUUGAUUAUGCUGAAGAAGCAGAAGAAAUGAAAUAUGAAUGCCUAGAUGCUUUGACACGCUUCCGACCACCCGUGAAACGAAUGAUGCAGCCUAGCCCAGCAGGUUAUACUGCAGAUGCUUCAGAAAACCCCCAUUCAGAACUGCAUUCUGACUUUUCUGCUGAUGAAACAUUUUGGAGUGUAUGGAGCACUCCCCCACAUCUGAAAAUGUCACCUGAUCAAUCGCCUAUUACUUUGCGUAAAAAGAAAUUAUACACAAAAACAUCUGAAGGAAAGAACAACACGCCUCUUGCGAAGAACUCUGCAGCACGUCGCAACUCCAGAUUGUUUGUUCCUGUGUCUUCACCGCUCUCCCAUGAUUGCUCCAAUACAACGUUUAAUCUAGAAUGUAAACACAGAGAGUUAAAAACUAACGGUCAUGUUGGUGUAGUAAGCAACAACAAUAAGAACUUAAAGAAAACAUUUUCUUACACUUCAGAGGAAAAUGAUGAUAAUUUAUUGAUAAAAAACUUUUCGAAUUUGUUAAAUGAAGUCUCUUUCAAUGAGUCCGAGCCUUAUCAUGAUUACCAGGAAAAUAACUCCACAAAGAUGGCAGCUGAAGCUACGGUGGACUAUAGCAACGGCAACAAAUCAGUUUCUCAACUAGUAGAGUAUUAUGAAAAUCCACAUGAAGAUAAGCUUGAUAUAAUGGAAGAAGAAAAACCGUGUUGUCAUGAGUCACCAAACAAAAAAUUGGACCGUUCUAUUUUUGAAGUUGUUGACCUAAAUGAUGACACUUUUAAAGAUGGCGACGACGUGACGAAGAAGAGACGUCAAAGUAUGCUAGAUUUCUCCGGCAUAACCGUUGAUUACGAUUGGAAAGAUGUAAGCCAAAUAAAUGCAACUGUGGAAGCGGAAGAAUAUCUUUUAAAAGUGCCAGACAAUAUAUUAACACUAUCGCCGGUGGAGUUGAGAGCGCGUUUAUUGAAGUUGGGUGAAAAUGUGGGUCCAAUUACGCCCUCAACGAAGAGUUUGUACCAAAGACAUUUGACUCGUCUCGAGAAACAUGAACACAGUUCCAAGCCUGAGAGUAAAUACAAAGAUUACACCGCGGAAAUGAGACUAGUCUUGUCAGGAACAAGCACAGUGACAAAGGCGAAAGGUGACGAACUAGAAGAGGAGAUGGGUUACAUAUUCGAUAAGCCAGAAAAACACACAUGGAGGGAAGGUUCGCAGAAAACAUCUUUUAACUACAUCCUUCUGGAUCCCCGUGUUACGAAGAAUUUACCAAACAGGGCGGUGCAAUUGGCGGAAGUUGAUCGCUUGCGGGUUUUUUGUUCGGCCGUGUUUUAUAUCGGCAAAGGGAAAAGAUCACGACCCUACGAACAUUUUUACGACGCUGCAAAAGAAGAUAAACCCGAAAAGAAGACGGUGAGUAACAAAAUCAAGAUGAUUCGGGACAUAUGGGAAGCUGGAUACGGUGUGGCUUCUGUCCACAUAUUUCACAGUGUGAUUCCAGUGGAGGCCUACACAAGAGAAGCGUGCAUGAUCGAUGCAAUGGGUUUGUCUCGCCUAACCAAUUUAAAAUUUGGUGAUUUUUACGGCCCUGCAGCGGGAUGGAAUUGCAAAAAACGCCGCCAUCUUGGUAUUCAUCUUCUUACAAAGGCUAUGAAUAUUUAUCUGAUCGAAGGAGAGAGACAAAUCAGGAAGAAAGAUUUACAGAAAUGACAAUAGUUUCAACGGAUUAUUGAGAUACAAAAAGUUGUUUCCUCGCGUUUAAUAAUGUUAGUAAUUUUAAAAAUCAGUUUUUGAAUCCUAUUUUAUUUUUUCGUUUUUCAGUAGGUUGAUCAUAAUUUUCGCUUUUGAUUUUUGAUUAUUUUUUUAAUAUUUUGUACGAUCAGGCUAGAAUUUCCUUUAUGUGACACAGCUGACACAAAAAGGUCUAACAUACCUUUUUUAGACAUCUUCCGAAGACGUCUUUUUAGCUCUGAUUAGAUUUAGCGGCGAUUUGUCCGUCUAUAAUGCAUCAUAAAGACGUCAUUUAGAUCUUUUAGAGAUGUAGAAGCG